AUGCAGAAUUGCGAAAUUUCGUGUCGAGAACUAGCCGAAAAAGCCAUCAAGGUUAACUUCAUCGAUAGACUCGUUGGGCGUACUCUGAAUGAAAAAAUUGAUAAUUACUGCCAUGUGGACUGUCUUAAAUCUCUAAGAAUCAGAAAUAUCAAAAGAAAUGGAAGAUGGGGAUUUAAGCCAGUACUUGGAAUGACAGAAGCCUUCUCGUCCAUGUUUGCCUUUCUCUCCUUCCUCUUGAUGGUUUCUGGAUUCAAAAGAAAAAUUAAACACAAGCUUGGUACCUGUCCCAUGUCAAGACUGUACUAUAUGCAAUACUACAUAGCAAAUGCAGCCUUUCUUUCCAGCUUCCUAUUUCAUAUAAGAGAAACUCUCUUUACACGGUAUGCGGACUACUUCACAGCAUUUGCUAGCAUACUUAUGGGUCUUCUGGUCUCUCUAAACAGAAUUGUGCUAUUAAAAAAGCCUAAGGUUUUCAAAAAGUUUCAGGAAACCACUAUAAGAAUAAGCAUAGCUUUUUUCAUAAUGCACGUGUACAAAAUGGCAUUCCAUGAGUUUGACUAUACGUAUAAUAAAGUUUCCUGUGGACUGCUGUUCUUUGCAUCUUGUACCUGUAAUUUUACCACGUUUCUGCACUACCGGGAAUUUUCCCACUCUCGACAGAUCGUAUACUCAAUAGGAUGUUUGUUGACCGCUGGAGGAAUAGAAAUACUUGACAUAUCGCCAUUGUUCUAUCUUUUUGAUUCCCAUGCCCUGUGGCAUCUUCUGAUGGCGACAGCCACACCGUUUUACCUGGAAUUUAUAUCCAAGGAUAUCGACUUUCAACCGAAAAUGAAAGUCUAG